GAUAAGGUUAUAGUGACAUUGGGCAUCUCAGUUGAGAGCAGAAUAAAAGCGAUGAGUUGAUGGAGGAAGUCAAUGGGUGAGGUGCGGCCUGUGGAAUUAAAAAUAUUCACCUGGAGAGCUGGGAACUAACCAUCAUGGGUCUUUGCACAUAGAGGCUUUAAAAAUUUUAUGUUGAAUAAAUGAAUUGAGUGGAGUGAUAUUUUUCCUAUUGGGACAUUUCCUUGCAGGAACUGAUGGAUCAAAAAGCUGGGACAAACAGGACAGCUCUUACUGAGUUCAUCCUCCUGGGCCUAGUGGAAUCAGAAAAGCUGCAGUCUGUGAUCUUUGUACUCUUUCUCUUUGCCUAUGUGGUCACAGUUGGGGGCAACCUCAGCAUCUUGGGAGCCAUCUUGGUGGAGCCCAAACUCCACACCCCCAUGUACUUCUUCCUGGGAAACCUGUCAGUGCUGGAUGUUGGAUGCAUCACUGUCACUGUUCCUCCAAUGUUGUGUCAUCUCCUGUCCCACAAGCGUACAAUUUCCUAUGAUGCCUGCCUCUCACAGCUCUUCUUCUUCCACCUUUUGGCCGGGCUGGACUGCUUCCUGUUGACAGCCAUGGCCUAUGACCGCUUCUUGGCCAUCUGUCAGCCCCUCACCUAUAGCAUCCGCAUGAGCCAGGAAGUCCAAAGGUUAUUGGUAGCUGUGUCUUGGGCUUGUGCCUUCUCCAAUGCAAUGACCCACGCUAUUACCCUAACUACUCUCAACUUCUGUGGUCCUAAUGAGGUCAAUCACUUCUACUGUGACCUACCACAGCUCUUCCAGCUUUCCUGCUCUAGCACCCAACUCAAUGAGCUGCUUCUCUUUGCUGUCGGUUUCAUAAUGGCAGGUACUCCUGUGGUUCUCAUCAUCACCUCCUAUAUCCACGUGGCAGCUGCAGUUCUGAGAAUCAGUUCAGCGAAGGCCAGGAAGAAGGCUUUCUCCACAUGCAGUUCCCAUCUCACUGUAGUUUGCCUCUUCUGUGGGACAGGUAUCUUCAACUAUAUGAGGCUGGGUACAGAGGAAGCUUCAGACAAGGAUAAAGGGGUUGGGGUUUUCAACACUGUCAUCAACCCCAUGCUGAACCCACUCAUCUACAGCCUUAGAAACUCUGACGUUCAGGGCAUUCUGUGGCGGAUACUUGUAGGGAGAUCCUCACCGACCUGAAGAGUGAUAAAGUCCUUCCCUUCUUGCCUUAUUUGGGCUAAGGAAUAUUUCCCAUGAGGGGAGAAACCAUUUUUCUAUAUCCUAAUGCCUGAAUGUUUUUGUUUAGUGUUUGUCCUACAAGAAAACCCUACCUAGUUCAUUCAU